AUGGGCACCCUGCCCAAAUGUAAUGUAUGUCAGUAUCAUCAUGCCGGCCAGUGCAAGUUUAGGAAGUGUGGUAACUGCGGAAAGAAUGGUCAUUCUAAGGAAACGUGCUGGGCUGGUACUGGACGUGGGAAUGGUGGUCAAAGAGGAAAUGGUAAUGGUAAUGGCAAUGGCAACCGUGGUGGAAACAGUUAUGGGAAUAGAAAUCAAGGAGGAAAUAAUAACCAGGGAGGUAAUGGAAACGGAAAUAGAAACGGAAAUCAAGCCGGAAGUGGAAACCGCCGAGGAAAUAACAACAACAAUCAGGGUGGUACCGGAAAUGGCCAAGGUUGUUGUAGUUACAGUGAAGUAGGGCAUUUCAAGCGGGAUUGCCCAAAGAACAACCAAGCCUAA